AUGUCGUCUUUUUUCACAGUGCCCGGCGCCCAAAAGAAGCGCAAACGCAAUGUGUCCUCGGAUACGCCCAAAAAGAGAAUUACGGCGCAAAAGAGCAACGGCAAAGGCGGUGGCAGCAAGACAGCCAGCACACCAAAGAAGCGACCCGCGCGGGACGAGUCAAUCUCUGGCAGCGACUCGGACGACGACGAUGACGACUCUGGACGCCUGUCCGACGCGCAAGAAGAUGUGGAUGGCAGCGAAUCGGAAGGAAGCGAGGAAGAAACCGCCGCCGAACGAAGACUGCGGCUGGCGGAGCGCUACCUGCAAAAUGUCAAGCAGCAUGUAGACGAAGCUGGCUUUGACGCUGCCGACAUUGAUCGCGACAUGAUUGCGGAACGACUACAGGAGGAUAUUGCAGAGACCAAGGGAAAGGUAUACCGCCAAUUGGCCGCGGAGCUGGUCCUCCGGAAGUCGUCGCAAACAUUUUUCCGAACCAACACUCACGCCGUCACGUCCGUCGCCGCAUGUGCCCCGUACGUCUACACGGCUACCAAAGACAUGUACUUGCACAAAUGGAGAACGCAGGACCUGCCCAAAGACCAGUACCCACAAACGACACGGCGCAAAUCCAAAAAGGCCGCCGCGCCGCCGCGAAGAAAGCUCGAGCUCGAGUCGUGGAGACACACGGGACGGAUCCUCGCCGUCGCGGCCUCGCCCGACGGCAAGUACGUCGUCACCGGCGGCGAAGACAAGAAGAUGGUUGUCUACGAGGCGGCCACGCUCAAGCCGAUCAAGGUGCUCACCCACCACCGCGACGCCGUCACGGGCCUCGCGUUCCGGCGGGGCACGAACCAGCUCUACUCGUGCUCCAAGGACCGCACGGUCAAGGUAUGGAGCCUGGACGAGAUGGCCUAUGUGGAGACGCUGUUUGGCCACCAGGACGAGGUCGUCGACGUGGACGCGCUGGCACAGGAGCGCUGCAUCAGCGUCGGCGCGCGCGACCGCACCGCGCGCCUCUGGAAGGUCAUGGAGGAGACGCAGCUCGUCUUCCGGGGCGGCGCCGUCGACAAGAAGGCGCGGCCCCCUCCUGGCGUGGACCGGCGCUCGCUGCUGGCAGAGGGCAGCAUGGACCGCGUCGCCAUGAUUGACGACGAGCUCUUCGUCACGGGCGGCGACAACGGCGCUCUCUCCCUCUGGAGCGUCACCAAGAAGAAGCCCGUGCACGUCGAGCCGCUGGCGCACGGCGUCGACCCGCCCCUCGACCCGCACGCCGCCUCGGCCGAGACGACGCCCAGCGCCGACGCCAUCCCCGCGCCCACACCCCGCUGGAUCACGGCGCUCGCCACGAUACCGUACUCGGACGUCAUCCUCAGCGGCAGCUGGGACGGACGCGUCAAGGCCUGGCGGCUGUCCGAGGACAAGCGCCGGAUCGAGUUUCUGGGCUCGCUCGGCGGCGGCGGGCAAGACGCAGCGGAGGAGGAGGGGGAAGAGGAGGGUGGCAACGCCGAGGACGACGUCAAUGCCGCGUACAAGCAGCAGCCGCAACGUCCCAUCAAGGGCAUCAUCAACGGCCUCGCCGUGUUUGAGCGAGGCGACCGCGGCGUCGACGGGCUGUGCGUCGUGGCGGCCGUCAGCAGCGAGCACCGCCUUGGCCGGUGGAAGGUGCACAAGGGCGCGCGCAACGGCGGUGUCGUCUUUGAGGUGCCGCGCGUCAUUCUCAGCGAGACGCGCAACGGACACGCGGACAGCAACCCGGGUGAGCAGGAGUGA